AUGUUCGGCAUACUGAAAGACUAUCGGAUGAGACUGAACCCGAAGAAAUGCGCCUUCGGUGUAUCUUCCGGGAAAUUCCUCGGAUUCAUGAUCAGUCAGAGGGGGAUUGAAGCGAAUCCCGAGAAAAUAAAGGCAAUCAUCGAUAUGGAGAGGCCGAAGACGACGAAGGACAUCCAGAGCCUUACCGGACGCGUGGCCGCCCUGACCCGCUUCAUAUCGAAGGCUACCGAUAAAUGUGUACCGUUCUUCAAAGCCUUGAAAGGGGGCAAACGGGAUAUCACAUGGACUGCCGAAUGCGAUAACGCAUUUCAAGACCUAAAGAACUACAUGAGCAAAGCCCCCCUUUUGUCAAAACCGCUGCCUGGGGAAAUUCUCUACCUAUACCUUUCGGUAUCCGGAACUGCCGUCAGCUCGGUACUAAUUCGGAAACCAGAGAAGGCAGAGUUACCAAUCUUCUAUGUCAGCAAGGCACUCCAGAGUGCGGAACUUCGGUAUCCCCCAUUAGAGCAGCUGGCUCUGGCCCUUGUUGUCUCGGCACGAAGACUUCGGCCAUACUUCCAGGCACACGGGAUCAAAGUCCUGACCAACCAACCCCUCCGGCCCACCGAAAAGGGCCAGGCUGUUGCCGAUUUUAUCUCCGAGCUUACCCCAGCAACAGUACGGCCGACAUCUGAGGCGAUUACCGAGACCAUCUUGCCGGAUCAACCAGGCGCCGAACGCCUUGACACAUCAACUCCCGUCUGGGGUUUGCACGUCGAUGGCUCGGCAAACCAGCAAGGAUGCGGAGCGGGCUUGGUGCUGACAACACCGGACGGACUCAAGAUCGAGUACGCCCUCCGAUUCGACUUCCGGACAUCCAACAAUGAAGCGGAAUACGAAGCCCUCUUGGCCGGCCUUCGGUUAGCCAAGAGCAUGAAUGCAAAGCAAAUCCGAAUUCACAGCGACUCCCAGCUCAUUGUGAACCAGGUAACGGCAGACUUCGCCGCCAAGGAUGCCUCCAUGUACGCCUACCUUUCAACCGCCCAUCAGCUACUCCGAAGUUUCCAAGCAUACGAGAUCAAACAGAUCCCCAGAGGCGAAAACAGCCAUGCCGAUGCUUUGGCAAGACUCGCUUCGGCGAUAAACGACAAAGUCGGAAGAAAGGUACCAGUGGAGAUUCUUGCCCAACCAAGCGCUGUAGCCUCCGAGGUAUGUGCCGUACGGUAUGAGGAUACAUGGAUGUCUGAUAUAUACUUAUACCUGACGAACGGCACCCUACCUGAGGACAAAGCCCAGGCCCGGAAGCUAAGAUACCGAUCGGCAAGAUACACAGUCAUCAACGAUGUGCUCUACAAACGUGGCUACACCACCCCGUAUCUCAAAUGUCUUACGGCAGAGCAGGGGGACUACGUCCUUCGGGAAAUUCAUAACGGUGUAUGUGGCGACCAUUCCGGGUCCCGAUCCCUCGCCUACAAAGUCUUUCGGCAGGGAUACUUUUGGCCAACCAUGCAUCAGGACGCCAAUACACUGGUGAAGAGGUGUGACAAAUGCCAGCGCUUCGGUAAUGUCCCACAUAUCCCUGCCGAACCUCUCACACCGAUUGUAAGUCCUUGGCCUUUCGCACAAUGGGGACUGGACCUGAUUGGCCCAAUGCCGCAAGGCAAGGGGCAGCUGGACAAGGCAAAGGGAGCCUGGCCGGAAAAGCUUCCCGAAGCACUGUGGGCCAUUCGAACGUCUUACCGAACGUCCACUGGAGAAACCCCUUUUUCUCUGGCUUUUGGAUCGGAAGCGGUGGUACCCGUGGAAAUCGGCGAACCUUCCUACCGAACGGAAACCUUCGCACCGAAGCAGAACGAAGAGGCCAUGUCUCUAAGCCUUGACCUACUCGAGGAGCACCGAGCACAGGCCAACCUUCGGAAUGAAGCCUACAAACAGCGUGUGUCUCGGUAUUACGACUCUAGGGUCAGACCCCGCUCUUUCCGAAUCGGGGACUGGGUCAUGCGCAAGGUAUCGCUUGCAACGAAGGAUACCACGGAAGGAACCCUCGGACCUUCCUGGGAAGGACCUUAUGAAGUCAUCGGUAUCCUUCGCUCGGGAACCUACCGAUUGAGAGGCUCCAACGGCAAAGCCCUCGGCCAUCCUUGGAACGUAGAACAUCUCAAAUACUACUACAAGUGA